AUGGGCGACGAGAAUUUGAUCCUCAAGAUGAGGCUGCCGUGUCUUGCUUGGUUUCACCUCCGAUCCCGACCCGGGCCGCCGUAUAAUGUGAAAUGCUUCUCGUACAAUGAUAUAAAGAGGGCCACCGGUGGAUUCAGAAGAGUCGUUGAGAGCUCCUCUAGAGGAGCUACUUACGAGGCCAAGUUCCGAAAUGGCCGUGUGGCCAUAGUCAAAGAAGUCAAACUUUCGGUCCGUGAGGAUCUUGACUUGUUCUAUAGGGAAGUACAAUUCUUGGGCCGAUUGCAUCACCGCCACAUUGCUGCCCUGUGUGGGUUUUCCGAUGGUCCUAAGCGAUUCCUAGUGUUUGAGAACACGGAAAAUGGAAGCUUGAAAGAUCAUCUUUCUGAUCCUCUAAAAACUCCGUUGAACUGGAGAACGAGACUACAAAUAGCAAUCGGCAUAUCUGCUGCAGUGGAAUAUUUGCAUUUCUUUUGUGAUCCGCCAAUAUAUCAUGUCUCCAUAAGUUCAAGCACAAUCAUGUUGGAUCAAAGUCUAAUCCCAAAGAUUUCAGAUAUUAGCCUGUUUAGCAAGGCUGGAACUCGUGUUUUGCUGCCAAGCUCUUCUCGUUGUUCGAGAGUAUGCACGGACGAAGGGUGCAAAAACAUGAUUUUCCAACUUGGAUUGGUGAUUUUGGAGCUCGUUACGGGUCAGUCCUCCGAAAAGGGUGGGUUGGAUUUAAUCGAGUGGGUUAAAGAACCGAAUUUCCUGAGAUCGAUUAAUAAGAUGAUCGAUCCCGAUCUUGGAAAUACUUACGACCGGAAGGAACUUAAUGGCCUCCUAAAUGUUGCAAGAUUGUGCAUAGAUUCUGUAAAUAAGCAAAGGGUAUGUACCCCUCAAAUUCUGUGGUAUUUGCAGAAGAAGAUUGGAAUCACAAGAAGCUAG